CUUGCCAUAGCCGCAAUAUACCGAAAAUCAGUGAAUUUUCAUACGAAGCUUACAAGAAUUAUGAGGUCGCCGUAAAAAGACGACGACUUUAAAGGGUAUAUAGAUAGUGGCCGAUCGAAGAGCCUAGAGAUCCAAUUAGCGAAACUCACCGCCGAGAGGAGUCUCAUGAAUACCCCGGACGCGUACGGAGAAUUCAGCCCAGUCGCCCCGCGAUGGCUAAACAAAGGCGACAACGCAUGGCAAAUGACGGCAUCGACUUUAGUGGCCCUCCAGAGCAUGCCGGGACUUGUCAUCCUCUACGCCAGCAUCGUCAAGAAGAAAUGGGCCGUCAACUCGGCCUUCAUGGCCCUCUACGCCUUCGCCGCCGUGCUCAUCUGCUGGGUACUCGUCGCCUACCGUAUGGCCUUUGGGGACGAACUCCUUCCGUUCUGGGGCAAGGGCGCCCCCGCUCUCGGCCAAAAGUACCUCAUCCAACAAGCCAGAGUCCCUGAGAGUAAACACACAAAUGAGGGCGGCGAGGAAGAGGUCAUUGAGCCUUUUUACCCUAUGGCCACGCUCGUCUACUUCCAGUUCACUUUUGCUGCCAUUACCAUGAUUUUACUAGCUGGCUCUGUCCUUGGGCGCAUGAACAUCAAGGCCUGGAUGGCUUUUGUCCCUCUUUGGCUUAUCUUCUCCUACACGGUCGGCGCCUUCAGUCUCUGGGGUGGUGGCUUCCUCUACCACUGGGGUGUCAUCGAUUACUCCGGCGGCUAUGUCAUCCACCUUUCUUCCGGAAUUGCCGGUCUCACUGCCGCUUACUGGGUUGGCCCGAGGUUAAAGAGUGACAGGGAAAGGUUUCCUCCAAACAACGUAUUACUGAUGCUUGCCGGUGCCGGGCUGCUGUGGAUGGGCUGGUCAGGUUUCAAUGGCGGGGCGCCGUACGCCGCCAAUAUUGACGCUUCGAUAGCAGUAUUAAACACGAACGUAUGUGCGGCGACGAGUCUUCUCGUCUGGACGUCUCUGGACGUCGUGUUCUUCGGGAAGCCUUCAGUGAUCGGAGCUGUUCAGGGAAUGAUGACCGGACUUGUUUGUAUUACUCCUGGAGCAGGAUUGGUGCAAUCGUGGGCGGCCAUAGUGAUGGGAAUUCUUUCUGGAAGCAUUCCGUGGGUCUCCAUGAUGAUCCUUCACAAAAAGUCUAGUCUUCUACAAAAGGUGGAUGACACCUUAGGUGUCUUUCACACGCACGCAGUGGCGGGCCUGUUAGGCGGGCUCCUCACCGGGCUUUUUGCAGAGCCGGAGCUUUGUGCUCUGAUACUCCCGGUGGCCAACACAAGGGGGGCAUUCUAUGGCGGAAGUGGAGGGAAGCAAUUCUUGAAGCAACUGGUUGCGGCGGCGUUUGUGACCGGUUGGAACUUGAUGUCCACGACAAUAAUACUUCGAGGUAUAAGUUUUUUUAUUCCGUUACGGAUGCCCGACGAGCAGCUGGCGAUUGGAGACGACGCUGUGCAUGGAGAGGAGGCUUAUGCUCUUUGGGGCGAUGGGGAAAAGUACGACCCGACAAAGCAUGGUUGGAAUACAUCAUCGUACGCACAAGACAUUGGACCGUCGCCAUACAUUAAUGGUGCAAGAGGUGUGACCAUCAACCUGUAAGCAUCUCAGAGAGGGAGAGAGUAUAUGUCAUUGUUUCUUGUAUAAUAUUUCAUAUACGACGUCGUCGCACUGUAAUCUUUAUAGAAAUCUUUUUAGUGGAUAUGUUGUACGUAUAACGAGUUGAGGUGAAUACGCUUAAGCUUUUUUGUGUUGUAGAAGAAAACUACAAUGGUUGAAGUAAUAAGUAAAUCACUUUUUCUUUUUUU